AUGGGAGAAGGAGGAGCUGCAGGUGCUGGUGAUCAUGGUGCAGCUUGGGACAGUGGUCGUCGACGAUCAUCGAGUGCUAGCACCAGUGAAAAUGAAAAAGAAAAAAUUGAACCAGCACCUCUUUCACGGGCAUCAACUCAUAGCUCGACCGAUGAUGAAGGUCCACGUGUGAUUCUUGAAGGUGGCAUUCCAGCUGAAGUACCACUUGAUGCACUUGCAGGCCCUGGACUGGUCACCAACUAUGUCGAAAAUGAUCAAUUUGAUUGGGGUGGUGCCGACGAAGCUGAUGAAGAAGAACCAAAGGACAAAAAGGGGAAGGCAGAAAAGAAUCAAAACAUCAUCUUGUGCUUGUCCAAAAAUUCCUCUUACAUUGCAUGGUCUCUACUCUUCCUCUUUGCUCUUAUCUUGAUCGCCAUUACGAUCGCCUUGUUUGUGGUGUACGAUGGCCGAACUUCCAUGGUGUCAUACAACUUGCAGCUAUGGUUCACAUGGGCAACGUUCAUGUGGUGCAUUAGCAUGGCGCUUCAAGUCAUUGUUGAACUGGUUCCUUGGGCAAUCAAGCGUCUCGUUGGCGUGUUGCGUCCUCAUUCGACCGAAGUAUUGCGUAUGCGACUUGCUUAUUAUAUGGCCCUUCGACCCUUUAUCAAAAUGAUGCUUGUCUCAGCAUGGUCUUGGGGUUCAUGGUCAUUUAUCAGCAGGAUGGUGAGCCGUCCCGGAGGUCAAGAUAUCCCCAACUAUGUCAAUGUAUUCUACAGCAUUUGGGAAAGCGUCUUUUUCGCCGCUUUGUUACUUUUUAUUGAAAAGUUCAUUCUGCAACUGAUCGUUACCUCAUUUCACAAGAAAGCGUAUGGUGAUCGUAUUGCUGUCAACGAUCAUGCUCUCAAGAUCCUUGAUCGAUUGAAAAAGCCACGUCGUAAAACACCACAGGAUUUCCUCAAACGUAUUCGCCGCAACAAGAACAAUACCACCAGCAAAUUUGCUUUUAGUCGAUCCAACUCGGCGGAUGAUGCCGCCGUCCUUUCUUCUACAGAAGCCAACCCGAGCCCCACGCCGAAUGGUAAUGGAAAUGGCAUUAUGAGCAAAACACCUCCUGCAACUCGAUCCAUUAUGCGUCCUGAUGAACAAGGAAAAGGUGGUGGCAAUGUCCAUUUCCCUUCAAGCAACAUGGAUACCCUUAUUGCCAUCCCUGCUCUUGAAAGCCGUUCAGAUGAUGAAAAAGUGGAUCCUGCUACUGAAAUUGAUCUUGGCAACAAGGAAACAUUGGAGCAACCACAACCACAGCAACCCGCCAAAUCCGAUUUCUUAUCCAAUUUGACCAAAAAGUUACGUGAUGUCAAGAACAACAAGCAGCCAAAACCAAAACCAUUCGAUCCAACAGCAGCAUCCUCUCCACCUGAAUCGCCACCUCAAUUAUCUCGAAACAGCACCUUCAUGUCAUGGAUGUCAACGGCGAGUGAUGAUCGUUAUCUCAAUAUUCGUGAUAAGGCUAUGAUCCCUGGCAGACUUAUUCGUGGUGGUUAUCGCAAGUUGCGUUCGACAUCACAUCAAUCGCAUGGUGGCUCAUCCAAUCAAGCAAAGUCACUUGCAAAGCGUAUCUACCACAACAUCGUUGGCCCCACCGGCAAUCGUCCUAUCACCGAAAUGGACUUGUAUCCCUUUUUCCGCACACAUCAAGAAGCUGCUGAAGCUUUCCGUAUCUUUGAUCGAGAUGGCAAUGGUGAUAUCAGCAAGUCCGAAUUACGUUCAGCAUGCGUGCGCAUUUAUCGUGAACGCAAGAACCUUGCUCGAUCCAUGCGUGAUUUGUCACAGGCUACUGGAAAGCUCGACUUGCUCUUUUUGGUUGUUUUCAUUGUCAUUUGGGUCAUCAUUGUAUGUGCUGCUUUUGGUGUCGAUGUUGGUACCCAGCUUUUGCCACUUUGGAGUGCUUUCAUUGCUGCAAGUUUUGUAUUCGGUAACAGUGCCAAAGAUGCUUUCGAGGCCAUUAUCUUUGUGUUUGUCACGCAUCCGUUUGAUGCUGGCGAUCGUGUAUUCAUUGGUGAAGAAAACUGGGUCGUGGAAAAUGUUGGUUUAUUGAUGUCCACAUUCAUCAAAUGGGAUGGAUCGGUUGUUUAUGCCAAGAAUUCUGUGCUUGCUACGCAAUACAUUAUCAAUGCUCGUCGUACUGGUCCCACCGGUGAAGUCUUUGAUCUCAACAUUGCUUUCAACACGCCAUCGUGGAAGAUUUACCAAAUUCGUGAUCACAUGUGCGAGUUUACCGACCAACGACCUGGUUUGUAUCGUGUUGGUGGCACAACAGCCAACUUUGUACUGUUCGAGAACCAGAACCGUAUCACUAUUACAUUCUACUUUGAACACUCGACCAAUUGGCAAGAUGCGGGUGGUCGCUGGUUACGACACAACACCUUUGUCAUGGAGCUUAAGGAAGAAUGUGAGCGUUUGGAUAUCAGCUACACUAUGCCUAUGCAACCACUUGAAGGCCAAAACCGAUACGAUGUCCCACCUGAACUUAACAAUAUGGGUCGCAGACGAGGUUAUGGCAAUGAAGGUUUGCAUAUGCGACAAGGAUACCACCAAGAAGACGACGAUAGUGCUGCUACCAUCAUGACACCUGCUGGUCCCAGCCGUGAUUCCACCAUGCCAGGAUCUCAGUAA